AUGUCUGUGGAGAAGCCUUGGCCAGCACAUGACGAGCCGUACACAUGGCAUGCAGGCUGGUGGGGAUGGACUCCCCAGUCUUGGAGCAGUGCUGGCUGGGGCUGGGACAAUUAUGGAUGGGACAGCGAAAGCAAAUGGACUUGGGGUCGCAGAGACACCUGGGAACGUGAGUCAACCACCACUGCGGCCUCCACCCCUUCUCCUGCCAGUGAGCCUUCACCCAGCCAUCCCCCCACCCAGCAGCAAAGCCAGGAGGUGAAGCAAGCACUCAAUCGGGGACUGACGACCGUCUCAGAGCAGGAGCUGACGCAGCAAGAAGCGGAGGAGUUUAUCAGGGAGCUGGAGACGCAGGUUGAUGGCUUGGAUCUUUCCGAGAAAGAAGCGCAGACAUUGAGCAAACUGCGGCCACUCGACACCCAGAGCACCAUGCAGUUGGACACACAGGAUAUGAAUGAUGUAGCUGCCGCAACACAGCAAGAGGUGCAGCAGAACCCGACACCCGAGACAAAGCCGCAGCAGCCCACCACGAAGGAGGCACAGCCACAGCAGACCACCAAGGAGGCAUCGCAAGACACACAGCUGCAACAGACCACCAGCGACCCAGCUGCACAGCAGGAAAAGAUCCCAUCAGCACAGACGCACCCACAGGGCACAAAGCAGCAGCAGCCACCCAGCAAGGAGCAGGCCGAUGCACAGGAACAGAAGCCGCCAGAGGAGGCGAAGCCACAGCAGGCCACCAACGAGGCAACGCAACAGGAGACACCGAAGCCGCCACCGAGUCAGGAGCAAGGAAAGGGGGACAGCGGUAUCAUCGAUCAGGCGCAGCAGGGCCCGGUGGAUGAUACGUGGCGGAAAAAUAAACAUGGACAGAUCCUUACCCCGGCUGCCUUGAAGGAGACCAAGCGCAAGUCCAAACUGGUCUAUCUGUGGAAGUCCUAUCGGGUGCUAAAAGCAGAGCUCGGGGAGGAGCUAGCGAAAGACCUAGCCACCCGACACAUGGCCAGUGAUCCGAAGAUGUCGGGCAAGUUCGUCCGCCCGACCAUGGGGGACAGUACGUACGAAAUGCGGCUUUACAAGUCGUUCCAGGAGAUCAGAGACGAGGAACAGAAGAAUUUCGCACAUUCGGCUGAGUUCCAGCUCACGGCAGAAGGGGAUGAGGAUGAGAUCAUGGAUGAUGCGAUGGCGGCGGAGGAUGACCCGCAGCCUCUGCAGAACGGGAAGCCGAAGGAGGUGAAGGAGAAGAAGGAGAAAAAGGAAAAAACGUGGCGAGCCUUGGCUGCCGAGGCCGACAAGAAGGCGAAUGCCGACAUCGUGGAAAGUGAGGGCUUCGAGGAUACCCUCACGGCUGCCGGAGUGGCCCCAAAGAUGAAGCGAGCAAUCUUGGACGACGUGGAGUCGCUGAAGGGGUCUCUGAUGGAGAAGAAGGCGUUGGUGGCCUCCGCAUUGGGCAAAAAAUACGACGAAGCGAGGCUGAAGCCUUUGGUGGAGGAUGACCUGCAAGAGCUACUGAAGAAAUUCAAAGCUUGUGCCGAGCCGGUGAAAGGAAACGGCAAGAUGAUGCUGACGACGAUGCAGUUGGCGAAGAUGUGUCACUUGUUCAGAUCUAUGGGCGAGGGCAAGGAAAGUGCCAAAGAUGUUUUACUCAAUGCAGAAGCUGCUGUGAAGGAAGCUGGAUCGAGUAAUGUCAGUAAUGUGACGAGACAACUGGCUGCUCUACGUACACGUUCCAAGCGCCUGGAGCAUGCUGAUAGAGACCUGUUUCGUUUUGUGCGGUUGCCUAUAGAUUUCGCCUGGAUCACGGUGCCACUACUGGAUCCAGAAGACCCGACAUCUGACCGACGGAUUCAUACAAAGCUUCCAUUCAUCGAUCCCCACGAGUACAUCGAAUACCUGUGGCGAACUGAGAGAGUGAGGAUAUCUGAUGACGAGAUCAGGAGAUAUUGGGAACACUUCAGAAGCAGAUCUAUCGAUUGGGCCCAGAAGCAUCCAGCUCCAUCGACGGCCGUCCCGAUAUCCGUGUAUGGAGACGAAGCAAAUUUCAGUAAACAAGGCGAUGCUUUCACUGCCCUGAUGUUUACAUUCACUUUACAUCGGCCCAAAGGCAACCCCUGGAGCAAAAACUUCGUGUACUUCAUCCUCAACUCCUUUCUCAGUGCGGGUGAGGAAUCUUUGAGGCCAGCCUACCACAGAGCUGCGUGGUCACUCACGGCAGCUUUCCACGGCAGGCGUCCACAUCACGGUCCAGGCGGCACCUCGGAUGAGCUGACUCGUCAGGAGCGAGAGAAGGUGAAAGCUCGACCGGAAUUGAGUCGUCAGUAUGCUGUCGUCGAAUUCCGGGGGGAUUGGAAGUACCAGCUGGAGACUUGGGGCUUCCGGCGGCACUGGAAAGCACUUCGGAUAUGUCCGAAGUGUGAUGCGGCUAAACGGGACACCCAUGGAACAGUGUACACGAAUUUCGGUCGAGCAUGGUGCAGGCGAUCCAACAUCGAAAUUAUUACAGAAGGCAUGCCGCCGAUUUUGCAUCCGUUUGUUCUCGUACCAGGUUACCACGUUGAUCUGGUGAGACCGUGCACAAUGCACGCAUUGAACUUGGGGGUGUUCCAGACCCUGGUCGCAGAGUGCAUUCUCUACUUAUGCGAAAACGACCUUUAUCAAGGUGAUGAUAUCGAUGCAAGGCUGCAGAAGGCGUACAACAGCUUCAGAGAUUGGUGCCAUUCUCACAAAAUCGGCUGCUCCCAACGCCGGUUUCGAUCUGCGACCCUGCACUUGGCACCGGAUGAUUAUCCGUACAUUGGCGCCAAAGCGUUUAAUUGCAGAGUCUUGUUGGGCUGGCUUGCUGAUUGCAUGACGUCCGAUGCUACGCAGCAGAUCCUAUGUGCUCGGCGAGGUGCCGAAGACCAGGCAUCCCACGACGAGCGGCGCGAGCUCACGAUCCUCGUCACGAGCUGUGUGUAUGAGAUAGCUGACUGGCAGCUACGGACGGAAAGCUUGGGCAGAUACUUGGACCAAUCCACUGCUGAUUCUCUCUAUGCUCAAGGCAUCAAAUUUCUGAAGCUCUUCCGGGAGAUUUCGCUGCGCUUUGCCAAAAAGCAGCAGCUUCGUUGGUUUGUGCGGCCAAAGCUUCACGUCUAUGAAGAAAUGCUGAUUGAUCUGAGACACGAGUGA